GUUAUGGACGUAAUAAGUUUAAAUUUUUGUCAUUAAUUGACGAAAGAAUUCAGUUCAACUAAUUCAAUUCAACUUAGGAUCCUGGUUUUAUUGAAAAAUAAUUACUUUAAUUUAUAUUAUGUUUUAUAAAUUACUUUCUAAAAUUUCUGAGAAAUAUUUAUUAGCUUUUCAUAAAUCUUCAAUUCUGAACUUUUUGACUAAAAACGAUGUAUUUUAAUUUGCAAAAAGUUUAGUCAAUGACAUUUAAAAUUGUUAUUAUUAAAAUGCAGGGACAAGAAUUAAGAAUUUUUUUAUAAUAACUGUCAGACAGACAUUUUAAGAUCGGUCUCAUAGGUUGCAUUUUAAUGUACAUACACAGGUUGUUCAUAUUCGUCAUUACGAAAAGAAAUUGUAAAUUUUGUGAAAUCACACAAUGUAUUAUGAUAACGUUAUGUUAUCUUUUUUAUUUUAAGGAAACCUGAGAUGUCAAAAUCAUCUACGAUAUACAGUUACACUUGCAGUAGUGUUUGUAAUCAUUUUGUUAGACGUGUGACUCAUUCAGUCUGUCAGAUUGAAUUCUUGAUACAAAGGCCUUAACCUACAAGAAAUCAAUUUCGAACGAUAGUAGUCUUUUACAGUAGUCUUUAUUUUUAUUUUUCGAAAUAAUCUCCGAUAUAAUUAGGUAAAGGUAAAAUAGUGUUUCAAUCAUGGAGUGGUUAUUUGGAAAACGUAUUACUCCUGAGGAGAUGCUCAGAAAAAACCAAAGAGCCUUAAACAAAGCUAUGCGAGAUCUUGACAGAGAAAGAAUGAGGAUGGAACAACAAGAGAAAAAGAUUAUUGCAGAUAUAAAGAAACUUGCUAAAGAUGGACAAAUGGAUGCAGUGAAAAUUAUGGCUAAAGAUCUUGUGAGAACUAGACGCUAUGUGAAAAAGUUCAUGUUGAUGAAAGCAAAUAUACAAGCAGUUUCUUUAAAGAUUCAAACAUUGCGUUCGCAAAAUACCAUGGCACAAGCAAUGAAGGGAGUCACAAGAGCAAUGCAAAACAUGAACAAACAAUUAAAUCUUCCUCAAAUACAGAAGAUAUUGCAAGAGUUUGAAAAACAAUCAGAAAUAAUGGAUAUGAAAGAAGAAAUUAUGAACGAUGCCAUUGAUGAUGCAAUGGAAGAUGAGGCUGAUGAAGAAGAAAGUGAUGCUAUUGUGUCACAAGUUUUGGAUGAACUAGGUCUCCAAUUGACAGAUCAGUUAUCAGGUUUACCACAAGCAUCUGGUUCAUUAAAUGUAGCAAGUUCCAAGCAGCCAGUCGCGACUGCAACAGGGAAUGACGAAGGUGGAAAUUUGGCAGACGCGGACGCAGACCUGCAAGCUAGGCUUGAGAAUUUACGGCGUGAAUAAAAACAUAAAAUUAUAUAAGCGAAAAAUGUAUAAAAGAUGUAAAAACAGAAUUGGUUUUGUAAGCAUAGUUAAUUAUGAUUGCUUUACCAAUCUAGUUGAAGAUGUGAAUACUUUAUUGUAGCACUUAUUAUUGAAUCCGUUCACUCAGAUAAUUGAUUUAUAAGAUGUACAAAAGUGUUAUUUCUAUCGCUUAAAACAAUUAUAAAUUCAUGAUACAUGAUAAAGAAACAGAGGCGUAUAUGUUAGAUUAUGUAUUAAUCUACAUUGUUACUUUUUUUAUGAAAAAAAAAGAAAAAAUGAUGCAAUUUUAAGAUAAUCUAAGAAAUUUAGGUAUCUUAAAGUCCUUGUGCAUAUUUGUUUCGCAUUACAUAAUUUUGUAAAAUGGACAACUUAUAUUCAAAGUGCUGAUCAAAUCUAUUGUAACAAAAUACUUACUUAUUUUCAUAAUUAUAUGUACAUAGAUUUUCUUCAGAAAUUUAUAGUUUAGUAUAUAUGUAUAUAUACGCUUUUAUUUUUUUAGAAAAUAUUGUACACUUAAAAAAGUAAAUAAGAAAAACAUGUUAGCAGAUUUUAUAUACAGAAGAAAAGGUGAGAACUAAAUCAAGCUGUGCAUGAAUAUUUAAAAUGAGCACAAUGAAUAAAUUCGUUCACUGCUUUUAUCAAGACUUGAUCAUUUUGUGCCUCAUAAUGUAUUUACUUUUGAUAAUUAUAUAACAGUAAAAAGUAUGCAUUACUCACAAACAUAAUAAUCAUAUUAAUAAAAUUUAUUUAUAAAUUGUAUUAACUACAACAACGGAAUCUGUGUUAUAUAUUAACAAAUUGGUUGAUAGAAAUGCAGUGAAACAAGAUUGUGCAAUGAUAUAUUAAUAUGCGGAUAACACGCACACAUACACGCAUAUAGUAUAUAUAUUAUAUAUGUGUAUAUAUGUAAUAUAUAUACGUAUAAAUCGCUUAAUAAUAAAAAUGUCAUUAAGAAUAAUAAAAAAAAACUAUGAAUUAGAAGUAAAAGAAAAAGGUAAUUGAAAAGCAUUUUUUAAUACCUUGGUAGAUAUAAAUAAUUAUACAUAUUAUAACUUACCUCUAAAAAUUAUUGUUAAAUCGAUUUUAAAUAAGAAAACAAUUAAUCUUAAAUAAUUCUAACACAAUUUGACAUUCAAAAUGACAUUCUAUAAUUAUAAUUAUAAAUAAUUGAAAAAUCACAAAAACGUAUUAAUUUUUUUCAAAAUCACCUGGAAUAAUAUUUAUUUCCAAAGGGUAUCGUCAUAGUCAAUAAUUCUAUGAGAAAUAUGAAAUAUUAUCUCUAUUAAACAAAAUGUACAUAAUAAUGCGCAUUAGAUACUCAUUUUAAUAUCCUGAUUAUGAAAUACAAAUAUAAAAUAGAAGUCUGGUCUGGGUUCGAGCAUGGCCUAAUUGGACGCUUAAAAUGAAUAUGAACGUUCACUUAAUCGAUUAAGUGCACUGAAUCAAUAAUUCGGUAUUGUUAUGGAGAGUUCAAAUAAAUGUAUUUAUGUACUGAACCACAUAUACGGUAUUAUUGAGAGAGCACCAAAAACAAAAGAACAGUAAAAGAAAGAAAAAAUUGUUUACGAUAUUAUUAAAGUGGAAAAACAAGGACAUUCAAGAAUACGCGAACUUUUUACAUUACAUGCAGCUUUCUUAAUUGUUAAAGGCUAUUGAUCAUUUUGGAAAAUAAAAUAGUUAUAAUAAACUGGUAAUUUAUUUUCUUAUCACUAUUAAUUGUCGAAUCAUUAAUUUAUCAUUUUUUCCUUUUUGUGAUCCAAUGAUUAAAUUGGAUGUAAUUGAUAGAAUUCGCGUGUUCUUUUGUAAUUCCUUCAUUCUCCGAAUGGUAAACCCUAUAGAAAUAUGUAGUUUAUGACGUAGUUUACAAAACUGUGAUGGAACCUUCUGUCAAUCACAUGUAUAUAUAUUGUCAAUAUCUUUUUAAACAUCUCAGAGGUACCGCCCAAACAUAACGUACCUCAAGCUAAAAUUGUAAUUACCGAAGAAAUGUUUUGUAGCGCCCCCGUUAUGUUCACUUAGAAUUAAACGCUUUCAAAAAUUCGCGCCCAUUAUUAAUACUUCGAUAGUCAUAUGAAGUAUUGUAAUAUAUUAGAUAAUAGAUGUUUAAUAGUAGAUGAUAGUAAGUACUUAAAGGAAAUAAAACAUAAUGCAAGUUCGUAAUAUCGGAGAUGAAUCUGUUUCGCUUAUAUAUAAAAUGUUUGGUUGGUUAAACAUCAGUAACUUUUGGCGGGAAAUUUUCCUCAAGCAACAUUACAUUAAAUCAUGCGGGAGAAUGUAAUCGAAAAAUCAUUUCAAAGUUCACUGCGAUUAUAUUCGUUAACGUUCGUUGAAAAAUUCAUGUAAUGAGGAUAUUACCCUGAUAUUCGUGCAGAUAAAACAGAAAUGGUCAAGGGAGCAGAAGAAUUUUAAUCUGCUUCGAAUACGUUUACCAACUGUGAUUUUUCGAUGGUACGCAAUCACGGGUUCGUCGUAAAUAGCACCAUUUCUAUAGUAAUCGUUUUCACCGAGUACGAGUUUUUUUUUUAUAUGCGUAUUAAUCAGGACCAAUCUGAAAAAUUUUGAACAGAACAAAAAAUGCAGGAAAACGAACCUCUUGUCUUAUAACUUGAUAUAAUAAUCAGAAAUUGGUAAUCAAAAAU